ACAUUGUAUGUCCGCAGGAAGUCCACCGUGCGUGUUGAUGACUAGCGCCAGCGCCCAUGUGCGGGCUAGCGUUUAGAACGAGAAACAGCCCCUCUCAAAAAACCUCUCUGCGUUGGGGUGACUGUUGUUUUCUUUCUCAAACAUUAUUUUCUAUGAACUAUUUCAUUUGUUGAAUAUUUUGUAUGCUAAACAUUUAGCGGCUAAAAGUGCUACUAGAAGGAUAUUUGUACAGAUUUAGAAAAUGAUUAACGUAGCAGGAGUAAUAUCUAUAGUUCUUUUUUAUAUCCUUAUUUUGGGUGUUGGAAUAUGGGCGGGGCGAAAAAAAGAAGAAGGCAACGAUUCAGAAGAAGAAGUUAUGUUAGCAGGCAGAAACAUCGGCUUGUUCGUAGGAAUCUUCACAAUGACAGCAACAUGGGUGGGCGGUGGAUAUAUCAACGGUACAGCGGAGGCCAUUUACACAUCAGGCUUAGUAUGGUGCCAGGCUCCAUUCGGCUACUCACUUAGCCUGGUGUUCGGUGGUAUCUUCUUUGCCAACAAGAUGAGACAGCAGGGCUACAUUACGAUGUUAGAUCCUUUGCAGGACUCGUUCGGAGAGCGAAUGGGUGGGCUGCUUUUCUUGCCAGCCCUUUGCGGGGAGGUGUUUUGGGCAGCAGGAAUCUUAGCAGCUCUAGGGGCAACCCUUAGUGUCAUCAUUGAUAUGGACCACCGCACCAGCGUCAUCUUUAGCGCAUGUGUAGCAGUCUUCUAUACCCUUUUUGGUGGUUUAUACGCUGUAGCAUACACCGACGUGAUUCAGCUGUUCUGUAUUUUCAUCGGCCUCUGGAUGUGCAUUCCUUUCGCGUGGAAUAAUGAACACGUAGUGCCAUUGUCAUCCAUGGAAGUAGACUGGAUAGGAUACGUCAAGAGAGAGGAGUUGUUCUACUACAUCGAUUAUGGGCUAUUACUGGUAUUUGGAGGUAUACCUUGGCAGGUAUAUUUCCAGAGGGUAUUGAGUAGCAAGUCAGCUGGUAGAGCCCAAGUGUUGUCAUAUGUAGCCGCGGUUGGAUGUGUCUUGAUGGCCAUACCGCCUGUUUUGAUUGGAGCAAUUGCAAAAGCUACUGCUUGGAACGAAACAGGUUACCAAGGUCCCUAUCCUCUCACUGUUGACGAGACUAGCAUGAUCCUUCCUAUGGUAUUGCAGUAUUUAACUCCAAGCUUUGUGUCUUUCUUUGGCCUAGGUGCUGUGUCAGCAGCCGUAAUGUCAUCUGCCGACUCCAGUAUUUUAUCCGCCAGCUCAAUGUUUGCCAGAAAUGUCUACAAAUUAAUAUUUAGACAGAAGGCUUCGGAGAUGGAGAUUAUUUGGGUCAUGCGGGUCUCCAUAUUAAUCGUUGGGGUGCUAGCAACCGCAAUGGCUUUGACGAUUCCAUCGAUAUAUGGACUCUGGUCUAUGUGUUCUGAUUUAGUCUACGUAAUCCUCUUUCCCCAACUUCUUAUGGUUGUCCAUUUCAAGGAGUACUGUAAUACUUAUGGCAGUCUAGCAGCCUAUAUCGUAGCGUUUCUCGUUAGAGUAUCUGGGGGCGAGCAACUUAUGUCUCUAGAUCCUUUGAUCUAUUAUCCAGGUUGGGAUGAAGAAAAUCAGCGACAAUUGUUUCCAUUCAGGACCUUAGCUAUGUCAAUGUCAUUAAUAACCUUGAUUGGAGUGUCCUGGUGGACAAAAUGGGUCUUUGAAACAGGAAGACUGGCUCCUGGAUAUGACUUCUUCCACUGCGUGGUUAAUAUUCCCGAAGACAUCCAAAGGGUGGGAGAACCAAGCGAAGAAGGCGAACAAAUGUCGAUGAUGGCAUCUGGUGCCAUGGGCAAGCUGUACGGGGCGGCCACCAUGGUCGGCAAAGACGAACGCAAUGGCAGAAUAAACCCAGCUUUGGAGACCGACGAUGACGACAUACCACCUUCAGAGAUCAGCAAGCUCAGGAGUUCGGUCAGUAGCGGAGGAGGAGCUCGACCCAAUGCCACUAACCCCAUAGAUAAUUCCCAAACGACGCUGUGAGAUAGCGCUUGUACUCCGUAAGAAAUUUUCAUUGUAUCUAGUCAGUAAAAUAGAGAUAGAUGUAUCUAUAUUGUACAAAAAAAAUUAUCAUACUGUGACGUGUCAAUUUUAUCGGGAAAAUUAUGGGAUCGGAAGAGGUAGGUGCUAGGAAAAGGAACUGUUCUAAAAUAACAUUCGUUCAAUUUUAUUAAAAAUUUUAAGAGAAAGUCUUAUGUUGUAAGAUUAUAAGCGCACAUAAAAAAUUAUUUUUUUUAAAGGGUAUCUAAAUCUGUUUGUUUGUAACAAAAUUUUUGCAAAAUGUUUUUUCCGCGUUUUAGAUGUUCUGACCUUAUUGUCUCAUUAUCUUUUAUUGUUUUCUAAUUCAAUUAGAUGAUAAAAAAGUAAGUUGAUGCAAUAUAUACUUACAAUAAAAUACAACUUUCUGGGAAAAGCCCGAUAGUAGGUCAGUUGGUCGUCCAAGAAAAGGAGGAAAGCAAAUAACUAACGAGUGACGUUCAAAAGAGUGGGGUGUAAAAUGGGAGAGUAUUGCACAAAACUGGCAAGAGUGAGGGAAAUAAUAAACGUGGCCAACACUCACUUAGAGUUGUAAAGAGGAAGAAGAAGAAGUUUAAAGAGACACCGAUCUCAGAAUUCGUUAAACUUGAAAAACUUCGAUGGAUUGCUCAUGUAGUGAGAAUGGAGACUGAAAGGUUGCCAAAAAGAGCCCUAGAUAGUAAAAUGCAGGGCGCAAAUCCUAAAGAAAGGCCACACAAAAGGCGGGAGGAUGAAGUGGCAGAAGACGAGCAAAAUUAGACAUGAGAAUUUGAAGAAAUCAAUGUGUGGAUUUAUCUCACUCAAUACCUUAUAUUUUGACGAUUUACUUUCCCACACAUUAUGCGAAAUGAAUCCAGAUAUGCCCUCCUACAAGCCACCCUGCAAGGAAGAAUAUUUGGAAAGCGAGAUCCAGGAAGAAGAAGACCAUCCUGGUUAAAGAAUCUAAGAACCUGGUUAAACACGGAUAGGCACAUAAAGAAGAACUUUCCCACACUGUGUAAAUAUUUUGCUUCGUAGGAGAAACAUACCUUGUUAACGAAGUUCUCGUCAGCUAGAAUGUUCUGAAUGAAUAACAUCUUAUAUAAUAGGUAUAUUUGUGCAUCUCUGCAUGAGGAUAUACAUAUAUGUGAAUCUUCAAUGAAACUCUGCAUUAAACCUAAAGUUUUAUUGCAAUUUAUAAAAGUGCUUGGUCUACCUGUCCUUUUCUUUUUCUACGUGUCUCUUACUCGCCCAGUUUCCUCAAAGCACUUUACAAUUUUUUGUACCGUCGCCUUAUGAAUAGGAUAAUGGUUUGGGUAUCGUGAAACAAGUUAGCUCCUUCACUACAAGAUUUUUUUCUAUUGACGUAGAAAUCCUUCAAUCUCUCAAUCAUUAUAACAGUAAUCAGCUCUUUUUUUUAUUAAAAACCAUCUUUAUUGUAAAACUUUUAAACAAGCAUAAAACGACUAUCAGUUUUAGUUAUUAAUUUAUUUUACGAAACUUUUCAAUAAACGUCAACCUAUUGUGAGUUUUAUGAAUUAUGUCAAGACUACGGCAUUCUAUAUUUACUGAAUUAGUUCAAAACUAUUUGGUGCUGAGAAGUUGUAUUUGUUUAAGACUACAAGUGUUAAAUAUGACUGAUACUUUUGCGAGUUAUAUAUGGUCCUAGCAGGGGCAGUGUGACAAAUCAAUGGAGGAGCAGAUACAACAAUGAAUUAGAGACUCUUUUGGACAGGUCACGUGGUACGGAGUGAUGACGACAGACUGAUUAGCAAUGUGUUUUGGGAAAGACCAGACCGUAGAAGACCGGCAGGAUGUCCUAGAAAAAGGUGGAAAGAUGCAGUCAGGGAAGACAUGGAGAAGAUGGAAGUGAGACCAUGAGAAAUAGUAGCACAGGACCGGAACCAAUGGAAGACACUAGUAAACGCAGCAAAGACUCACGAAAAGUUGUAAAAGCCAAAUAUGAUAAAAUAUGACUGAACUCGUAUUGAAGUGAGGAUUCCAAUAAUAAUAAUAAAAUAUAAGGUAUUUUUACCUGCGCAGAGAGCUAAAUAGUCAGCUAGAUCAUUCAAAAGAAAUCAUAAGACGCAUUGAAAUAGCAAGGUCUGGUUUUAUGAACAUACGUAAAAUGCUCUGUAACUCCAAGCUAUCAGCCACAAUGAGAUUGAGAACACUAAAGCGUUAUGUGUGGUACUAUAUGGCUGUGAGACCUGGACAUUAAAACAAUAUGACGUCAACAAACUGAAUCCAUUGAAAAUGUCAGCCGAAUGCUAGGAAUAAGCUAGACCAACAGAACUACGAAUGAAGAAGUACUGGAAAUAAUGAGCACACGUCCUCAUCUGGUCAAUACUAUCAAAAUUAGAAAGACGUCAUAUCUAGGACACAUAAUGCGCCAUAACUAAAUUGAGCAGCUCCAGGUAUAAUAUUAGAAGGCAAAAUCGAAGGUACAUAAAAGGGGUAUAGGAAGAAAGAAAAAAUCCUGGCUCCGAAACAUCAGAGAUUAGACCCACACAACAGGGAAUGACUUAAUUCAUCAAGUUAAAGUCACUAAUGACACCAGAAGAAUGUCAAAUCUGGCAACAUUACAAUAAUUAUUAUCAAAUUUGUAAUCUCCAUAAUGCAGAACAUGCGUAUCCCGUUUUUUAAGAGCUAAUUAGGCGUUUCAAGACAUUUUGUCCACCCUGUAUAUAAAUUAUUCACUCAAAAACAAUACACCUUGAGUCAAAAAUGUGAAACAUACAUUUUGAAAUCACCGACCUUAUUAACUAAUAAAUCAGGUUACACCGAAGGCUUAAAACGAUAUUCCCAAUUCCAGACUUAUAUCGUUUUACUAUUGUCUUCUUGUGUAAUAUCCUGGACAAUGUAAAUAUUGUAUAUAGUAAUCGGGCAAUAAGUUUUCUUCAAAGAAGUGCGGUGUUUUCAAAAACUAUGGACAAAGAAUUCGGACGUCAUCAAAUCUAAUGCAGCGAAUAACAAAUAAGAAUCUUUGCUAACUCAUUAGAGUACAAAAAAUGGUCAGCUGUGUCAUUUUCCGAAAAUAAAUAUUUGAAAUUCAAAUGAGAGGAACGCAUUACUCCAGCUACAACCAGAAGUCCAAAAAGAGCUUUCAUUUCAUUUUCCUGGACAAGCUUAGGGUCUCUAUUUCUUUGAAAAUUGGGCAAUACCUUCGUCUCGAUAUAUAUGUUUGUUUUUUUUUAAUAAAAGAAUAAUUAAAAUAUUAUCAAAAAGAGACCAAAUGCUUCAGCGACAUUAUUUACAUUUUUUGAACAUCCUUUACAGCCAGCUGGAUGAAUCCAUUCAUUGUAGCGAGCUUACAAAUAAAAUAAAACUCUCGGUUCGUUUAUACGAAUUUAUUUUAUGCAAGUUACAGGUCGAAUUUAUCUUAUACUCUAACUCAAAUAAGACCACGCUUCGCUUAAAUACAUAAUAACGUAAUUCUGGAGAAUUUUGGACUUCGCCACCUCUAGUUAUUCAGUCACCUACCAUCUACCGCACGGCUCUCCCCGCCGCUUCUAUACAUAUCGUCCUCUCGUCAGAAUCUUCUCGGCUUACGUUGAGAUGGAACCGUUUGGAGCUGUUACUUGCGGUCGGUAAUUAAUUCUUUUUUUACAAUAUUAUGACUUUAUGGUCUAGAAGUUUGUGGUGAUGUUGUGCUCUAGUUUGAAACAUUAUCUUUUCCGCAAAGAGUUAUAAUCUGACAAAGGUUGUAUGGAAAUCAAAAACAACUUACCGAUAUAAAAGUCAUCAGAUUUUAAUUGAUCAUUAUGAUCACUUUCACUAUCUUCAAUGAGUUAGGAAACGUUUAUUGAACUUGCUUCAAAAAGGUUAUGCAAGUACUUAUAAACAAUUAUAGGGAAGAGAGUGAAUAUAGGGACAAAUGCAUAGACAGUAACAAAUAAUGAAAAAGUGAGUGAAUUUCGUACAUAGUUAUUUUAACUUUAUUUAGAUUUAUUGUAUUGUACAUAUUAAAAUAUACCAAUAACUCAGACAAAUAUGGAGCACAGACAAAUACAUGUCUGUGCUCCAUAUGUACAUAUUGGUAGAACACAUUGAUUGUAUACUUUUGUGUGGAGGCAUUAGUCAUAUUUCUGGUUUUCAGGAUAUAUAUUUCAUUUUUCCGAAUGUCACCCAUGCGAGUCUAAUUCUCCUUUUUAUCUUUGCUGUUGGAUUAGCUUUACUCAGUUUCAUUAUUUUCCCUAGGUAUAUAUACUCCUUGACUUUCUAUACUGUACUUGUUCCUAUUUGCAUGGUUUCGUUGUUCUCUUUUAUAGUUCGUCCGCUAUAACUUUUCCCAUGUGUCACGAUUCAUUUUCAAACAAAUGAAGUCAAAACAUAAAUUGAAACGAACGUCGAUGUGUAUAUACAUUUUGUAUACUGUAUACUAUAUACUACACACAUCGGCGUACGUUUCACUUUAUUUUUUUGACGUAAUUUGUUUGAAAAUGAAUCGUGACACAUGGGAAAAGUUAUAGCGGACGAACAAUACGUUUGUCAUAAAAUAUAUUUAGUUUGUGUGUAGUUCAUAUUUAGACCUAGACCAUACUAUAAUACCCUAUGGCAUGGAAAAAAACUACACCAGAAUAAAAUUAUAAUAAUUUUUAAGGGCAUCGGAACAAAUUUUUGUUUACUUUAAAAGAAUAUAGAUAGAGAAAAAUUCAAAUAAACAAAAAAAUACAUGUUAAACGAAUGUUAUUAGGCCAUUUUCUUUAAAAGCACCAAAAAGUAUUUAAGAAAGUUUAACGGACCUUCAAACUAUCAACGGUACAACACAUUUUUACAUACAUCUGUAAAAAGUCAUUUUGCUUGUACAUACAGCAAAGUAAAGUUUUUAAUAUUUGAUUAAAUAAUUCUUCGUUAAAAAGAGUAUACACAGUAAGCGUCACGCUAGUAGACACACGGGAACCUAUGUAAUUGCUAGGCUUAUGGGCUAAUCCGACCCUUUCCUACAUGUGACUUUCAUAUCUGUCACGCCAUGUGACGGUCAUGUCAUGUAUGUCAUGCAUAUUUAAACUUUUACAACUUCAAUACAUGAAAACCAUAACAAUGACAACUAUAAACCUCAAAAACUUUCAACUAUGUAUGCGUAUAUGCAUUUUCUGACGUUGUAGAUGUCUUUAGACAUUUCUAAGUUAUUUAAUGACAUCUCGAAUAUUUUCUAACUUAAUUAUUUUUUUUACGUCAAGGGACUUUUUCUAUGUAAUAUCAAUCUGUGUAAUUCUCGGCAUAAAAGUAAACAGUGCAACAAGUGAAGGGUCCAAGACUGUAUUAGCUUAAUGUGGCCGUGUGUCUAGUAGCGUAGCGGUUACUGUAUAAUACUACUUCGAACGGAAGAAAAGUUAAAAUCUAUCUCUAUUUUGUGCAUCUCGUAUUAGGUCCCGCCAAUUCUCCAAACUUAGAGUAAGGUUAGGUGCUAAAGUAUAGUUGGAUAUAAAAACUGCUGGACAGUCAGGCUUGUUUUCUGGGUUGAGAUAUUUAUAUAUUUGUUAAUAUAAUUAUAGAUAGCAAUGUGUAGACUGAACUGGUCGUACUUUUUUGAUUUUUGGUCUAGAUUUUUGAUAGGAAUUGAAAACUAUGUCUUGGGUUGACGAUUUUAAUAAAAACUUUUUAUCGUCAAAACUUAGACAUAACUCGUUCGUAACAAAGGCCAUAGAAUGAGCCAGAAAGAGUAGGAUCAAACAUACAUACAGUACAUUUGACGUUAAGAUGGUUAUCUUCUUUCACUGCAGAGAGAAUAUUUCGAAAUAUGUGAUACCCAGGAUUCGCAUUUAGCAUAUUAGGUAGAUACAUACUAUCGCAAUCUUUUCAUUAGUACGUUCAAAAAUUAUGUCGACUAUGGAAACAAAAUGCAAGAAGUGAUGUUCAAUAAUAACAUAAUCUACAGCGUUUCCUUUACUACUAGUACAAAAAUAAAGAAUAUUACUGCUAGUAGUUCCUUUACAUCAUAGUGGUAAUUUAGUCGACCACGUAUGGCCGUUCUUUCCGUUUAGGUUUAUUGUAUUGGGCAUAAUGAUGCUUCCAUUUCAUCCGUAGUACGUUAGAAAAGGGAAUAUAAUCAUCCGUUUCUUGUUCAACAUUUUAUGUGACCCCUGCUGUAUGAACUACGUACCUCAACAUCAUUCUUGUAAUAUCUUACAAGAGUAUGAUAUUCUUAAAGGAAGGAUAUUGUGACCCAUCUGCGACAAUGCAAAACACCUAGUAGAAUGCUUAGUGCGACUAUGGUGGUAUAGUGGCCAGUAGGAAGACCAAGGAAGACGUGGAUAGACGAGAGAGAGAGAGAGAGAAAGAGGUAAGAAGUGACGCUGAAAAGAUAUUGGAGGUGGAUCACUGGAGGAGAGCAGUCAAGGAAAGAGAUGGUUGGAAGUGAAUGCUGGGAGAGACCAGGGUCAGAAAGAGAAAUUGGCGUCUUUUCACUUCGAGAGAAGGUAGCAGAGUUAUUUUUCAUUUUCAUUGUUCAAGAAUUUCUGUAUUUUUAAAAGGACUGGGCUAUUAUGGGCAGUAGGAAUAUUUACUCAGGGUUGGCUUAAAUUGGGGGUGAAAAUUUUAGAAAUAAUACAGAAAAAAAUAUAAUAUUGUUUUUUCGCAUGUAAAAAAUUGAACAACAUUUUCAUAACAACGUUGCUCAUCAUUGGAGUAUUUUCCAAAUUAUUAUAGCCAAAAAUCUAGUCCAAAUCACCAAUAUACGAAACAGUUCAAAUUGUAGAUAUUUUAGAAAAAGUAUAUUUGUUAAAUAAUACAAAAAACAUAUCACUCCUCUCAGAUUAAUAAGAUUUUUACAGUUAAAAACAUAGUCAAAGCGUCUGUGAUUAUUUUCAAAGUACCGCAUUACAGGACGAUUGCUAGAAUAAACUUCUUUAGAUUAAGAAACAAAUACCAUGUACGUUGGGUUAUGAUUUACGUUGAAACACCCUAACUUGCCAUACAAGUACAAUAAGUUAUUCGUUUUGUAAUAUAUUACAGGGUAAGUCAGCACUAAUGAGCUUUCGUAAACGGUACUAACUCUAAGCAUAAUAUGCAAAAAUAUGUAAUAUAGUCUUCAGGUACAAUAGAAGUAGAUUUUCGCGUAUUUUGGACCAAAAUUAGAUCGUGACUUGCCUUGUACCUUACUCCUUACAUACUGUAUCACCUACUGUUGUGUGAAACGCACAAAAGAUUACAUUCCUAAAGCGGUCGUACAAGAAAUACAGUGUAAAAAUCGAAAUUUCACAAUUGUGGGUUAAACAGUUAAAAGUAGCUGAUUGUCUUUAUCUGUUAUAGACUUGAUGAUAUAUAAUCUUAUUAGUCUGAACCAAAACUAUACAUAUCAAAUAACAUAUCAUUUAUACUUAGUCGAAUAUUCGAGCCACAUCAUUGAUUGGUCGUUAUAUUUUUUAUUUGGUCAUUUUUUUUCCAACGAAAACAUCGACCUCCUCCCAGAAUGUUGGCAUAAUUUGUUAAAGUUUUUGGCAAUUCAGCCAGAUUUUUCAUGUUUUUUAUGAUACAUAAAUAUUCAUAAACAAAUGUUGGGUUUUCAGUGCAAUUUUUUAAAUUAUUUUCUUUAUAUCCCAAAGGCUUUCUUAAAUUUUUGUUUUUUUUUCAAAAUAGAUGAAAAUGUGAACAGCAAAGCUUUAGAUCCUGACGAUCCUGUAACGAUGCAGUUUUUAUCGUAAGGCAAGUCAUGGAAAAAUCACUAGAAUACAACGUCCCGGCUUACUGUUGCUUCAUAUAUCUACAAAAGGCAUGCGACCGUGUAGAGCUGAAUGACGUAAUUCACCUGUUUAAACGAAACAUACCAUCAGAUAUUAUCAAGACUAUCGAAAACAUAUACAGAAGAAAUAAAAUACAGGCCAGAAUUAAUAACAAACUAAUACAGCCGAUCUGUUGUUUAACCUCAUCAUGGAUAAAAUUAUUCAUAAAGUCAAAAACCUGAGUAUAGAAUACAGAAUGGGUGAAGAAAUUAUCUCUAUAGUAUGCUAUGCAGACGAUGCCAUAUACUUAUUGCAGAGAGUAAAGAUGACCUUCAGAGACUUUUAUAUCAAUUUAAUAUAACAGCAAGAAAGCUCAACAUGAUAAGAUCACCAAAUAAAACAAAAAGUAUGGUAAUUUCUAAAGAUCCAAUAAGGUGCAAGGUGGAAGUGGACAGCAAAAUAAUCCAGCAAGAAAGAAGUAUUAGCUACCUGGGAGUACUAAUGCACAGUUAUGGAGAUACAGAAGCGGAAGUUGCACAACAAAUGAACAAAGCCAACAGAAUAGCAGGAUGUCUUGAACACACUAUCUGACGCAACACACAUCCACGGACAGAAACAAAGGCCAAUAUUUAUAGGACAG